AGUGCAGUUCACAGUUCAGUUCAGUUGUGCUGUCACUGUCUGCGCCUUGCUGUGUAGUGUCAAAGUAGGCUAGUAGCGGACGGUGUGAGUUUUGAUUCAUCUCAUUUUCUACAUUCAUCUUGGAAAAUCUAUCUUGAGGUUGAAAAUCGGAGUUGAAUCGAUUGAUUCUAUCGUCUUAAGUACUUGUGUGAAGUGUGUUCUGUGUUUUGGCAUCUUGUGAUCGGCUCAGUUUGGGAAUUGGAUUUACUGUUUCGUUGAACUCUCACCAAAGUUGCAGGAGGAGUAAAUUUUCUCAAAACAUGGAAUUAUAAGAUGGUGUUUAGAGAAUGGAAGACGGCUUAGAGGAGCAGUCUGAGGAUGGGUACCUUCUCGUCCGCAUUCACGUUCCAGAGCUCAACAACCACAAGUGUCUACAAUUUCCAAAGGACCAACUCGUUUGGGAUGUCAAACAACAGUGCCUCGCCUCAUUGCCAAAAGAACUCAAGGAAAGUUUCAACUAUGGCCUUUUUUGUCCGCCAGUCAAUGGAAAGGCUGGAAAGUUCCUUGAUGAGGAACGCAGACUGGGCGACUAUCCCUUCAACGGCCCAGUUGGUUACCUGGAGCUCAAAUAUAAGAGAAGGGUGUACAAAAUGCUCAAUUUAGAUGAGAAGCAGUUGAAGGCUCUGCACACGAGGGCCAACCUGCGUAGGUUUCUAGAAUAUGUAGCCAAUGGUCAAGUCGAGAAAAUCAACAAAAUGUGUACCAAAGGGUUGGAUCCAAACUUCCACUGUCCGGAAUCUGGAGAGAGCCCGCUGACACUAGCGACGGGCAUCCCGAAACCGGGCAAGGUGCUGAUGGCGCUAGUGAAUGGCGGCGCCCUGCUUGACUUCCGGACCAAGGACGGCUCGACGGCCAUCCACCGCGCAGUCGAGCACAACAGUCUCGAAGCGGUGAAGACGCUGCUCGAGCUCGGCGCCAGCCCCAACUACAAGGAUGCCAAGGGUCUGACGCCGCUCUACCUGGCCGUCACGCAUGCGUCUGACCCGCUCGUCUGUGAGGGUCUGCUGCACGAUCACGCCAUUAUCGGCGCCCAGGACUUGCAGGGUUGGCAGGAGGUGCACCAGGCCUGCCGCAAUGGUCUAGUUCAACAUUUAGAACACCUGCUCUAUUAUGGAGCCGAUAUGAACGCAAGGAAUGCCUCAGGGAAUACGCCGCUCCACGUCUGUGCUGUCAAUAGUCAAGAAUCGUGUGCUAGGGUAUUACUAUUUAGAGGAUGCCAGAGAGACGCUUUGAAUUACGCGAAUCAGACGCCUUACCAAGUAGCUGUAAUAGCGGGCAAUCUAGAUUUAGCGGAUAUCAUCAAAGAACACAGGCCAGAGAAUGUCGUCCCCUUCAGAGAGCCUCCCCGCUACAACCCCCGGCGCCGCAGUAAAAUUUUGCCCCCUCUCCCCAACCCUCCCUCGCCCUCUCCGUCCAAUCGGUCCCUGCCGCCGUUCAGUUCGGCCUCGUCGAGCCUCAGCGAGGCCAGCUCCACCUCCAACAAGACCAGUGCCGAGGACACCGCCAGCUACGUCACAGAUAAGAGCCUUGGAGAUACAAGUGAUAUAAUUAGUGACAGCUCAGGUGUUGGAACAUCGAAUAGCGAUACAACGGCAUCAGUCAACCUACCUGGAACCACAGUAGUGUGUGUAGAGAACUACAGUUCCACGCAGCCUGGUCACUUGAGAAUUUCUCAGGGCGAUAUAUUAGAAGUAACGGGUGCAACAGACUGCGGGUUACUGGAAGGUGUUCUGAGGGGGGAAACGGGCCUCUUCCCCCCCGACUGCGUCCAGGAGGUGCGACUGCGGCAGAACCUGGUUCCCCCUCCCCCUCCCGUCACCUCGUCGCUGCAGAGGAGGAACUCUCGAGUCAUCGGCAGGAGGGAAUCCUCAACCUCAGUCAAGCACUUUGCUACGGCGCCUAGGCAUAAGAAACAGUUACCGGCAGAGCCUCGCACCGUGGUUCUGCACCGAGCCCGGCGCGGCUUCGGCUUUGUGCUGCGUGGCGCCAAGGCCACGUCGCCCCUCAUGGAGCUGACGCCGUCGCAACGCUGUCCCGGCCUCCAGUACUUGGACGACGUCGACAAGGGGGGCGUCGCUGAUCUGGCCGGCCUCAAAAAGGGCGACUACCUUUUAAAGAUUAACGGCGAGGACGUUUCGGCGGCUUCGCAUGAACACGUGGUGGACCUGAUUCGGGGCUCGGGGGACCUCGUGUCGAUGACAGUGGUGUCGUUAGCACCCCUCCCCUCAUCCAAGUCGGCCGCCGCUCUCCUCUCGCACCCCGACCCUCUCUCGCAGCAGCCCACCCCCCGCCAGUAUGCCACCCUGCCGCGCAAACACACCAACAAUAUUCCUACACUUGCUCUGAAAUUAGAAAUUGAAAAUACAUCUGAUUACGUCCAAACAGCCCUUACCAAGAAAGUGAAUACGUUAAUAUUCAUUUACCAAUUUAUGCAAUUUUCGAUCAACUCUAAUGUUUUCGUGUUGUUUUCAGAAGCAAACGAGGAAGAGUGUGGGACCGGUAAGAGUUCUAGCGCGGAGUCGAUUCACCAGAGUGGGGGCAACACGCCCGUGCCCCCGCGGACGGCCUCGAUAAGGGCACGCCCCACCUCCAGCCGCAUCACUGCCGCCGAACUGGAGGAGCUCUUCCAACGCCAGACUGGAACGCCCAACCACAUGAUGACAACUUCCAACUUCCAGUGCGGCGUCCAGGGAGCGGCGAGCUCACAGCCGUCGUCACCGGCGCGAACACCGCGCGUCUAUGCCAGCGUCGCCGAGAUGAAGCGCAGCAAGGGCAAGUCGGCGCAAGCGCGCGUGCGCUUCAGCAUGGCCGGCCUGGGCGGGCUGGUGUCUUCCGAACUGCAUCGUGACUUCCACAGCACGCCGGACCUGGCGGGCGCACUUGCCGCUUCCAGCGCCGGGGCGCCGCGGACGCAUCGCAGCCAGGAGGAGCUGCGCCCCCUGCCGCCCCCCAACCACCCGCCGCCGCCUCCACCUCCGCCUCCGCCUCCACUCUCCAACGAUGCCAGCGCGUCUAAUGGCCAGGAUGCUGCUAACGCUCUCACCAAUGGUGGUGAUGGAGUGAUGUCGAGCUUCAGGCCGGCAGACAGUGCCAAACUGUACGCUUCUCCCGAGGAUGUCAAAACUCUUGGUUACCGAUCCAGGUCACUUCCAGCUCAUUCUGCACGUCCACAGGUUCGUAAAUCGCACAGUCUGAGAUCGCCUUCGUCGACGUUCAAGCCGCAAAACGGAGCCAUACCGGCGGCCAACCCGAAUCCCUACGCACAGCCAAUGCGCAAGUCGUCAGUUGUAGCGGCGCCACCCAUCCCCGACCCCGACUACUCGCUGAGCGAGGGAGAGAGCGACGGAGAGAGUCGCAUGGAAAAGACGGUGGUGCGAGUGAGCGAGGGAAGCGGAAACAGCACCUCCAGUUCGGGCAGUUUGCCGCACAGUUUCAGUGUCGAUGAGAUACAGAAGGUGCGCACGCAGCUCAAGAGCUCCAAGUCGUAUCCGAACGACUUCAUCCCGGAGGAUGGUGACAACUCGUCGAGUGGAGUGAGCUCCGACCAGGAGGUGACCAACCACACGCAGCACGAGGUGGCCAGCGAGUGUGUGGUGGCCUUAAACACGGCCACGCUUCCGCCGCGAUCCUCGCAGCAGCGGUCCAUGCUAACCAGGAACGCCGUCUCGUUGGCACAACUGCCGCCGCCCCUGGAGGCCGAUGCCGACGAGGUGGUUGCCGCCCCCGUGGCCGUGCCGCCUCCGCCCGAGUUCACCGGCCCCCACCCACCAGCGCCCCUCGUCGAGGAGGUUUUGGCCCCUCCGCCCCAGUUCUCCGACUCCAGGUUAGUCACUCGGGUCCGGAUUGUCGGCGCCGUGCCCAAGAACGCCGCUCCACCCAACGGCCGACUGCAUAGUCAGUAAGCCGCAGUAAUCAAACACACAUUCCAAUAUCUCUUGGAAUUAUGCAUUUUUAGGCCUAGUGAUCAAUCUCUUCUGUUAAGUUAGGCAUUUGACCAAUUUUGUAAGUUCGUUGUUCGAUCUGAGAUUCUAUUAUAGCCUAUAUUCAGCCUUAAUCAUGUAAACUUAUUCACAUAAUAUAUUGGUCCUAAGCCAUUAGACCUAGGAUUCUGUUCGAUCUCAACGCAACCCAAAGUUCUGCUUCAGAGGGACUAUGAUACAGUAUUUCAGUCACAUUCAAUCAUUUCAAAAUAAAAAAGGUAAAAUUGACAAAAUAAUUGUACACUUACCAUGCACCUUACUAUUUAACAGAUCUAAAUAUAGCAUUGAAAAGUUGAAGUAUAUUACCCAGUUUUUCGAGAUACAGUAUUGAUUCUAUUUUAAAGCUGAGACAUUACAGAUCUCGAAUUUUAUUGAAAUUAUGUCAGGUAGAACAUGGCAUAUUUGGCUGUAUCUGAGCUGUAAUUACCUAAUUCAAUCGUCAGAUUGGGAUCAGCUAUUCCUAAAAUGAAUAAUUCCAAUGUUGUAUCUCAUCAAACUCAGUAAGACUUUAAUGAACUAGUAUUGUAAAAUGUUACAAACUAUCAUGCUCAUUAUAUUCUAUUCAAACUAAAAUGGCUCAAAGUUAGUGAUUUAUUUCCUUAUUUGUUUUGUAAAUGAUGUGCACUCAAUUCUAAAAUUAUGUUCAUUUAAAUAAAUUAUUUUUUUCAUAUUGACUCAAAUAAAUGAGUAAAUGUAUUGGAUUUUGAUAAUCCUGGUAGCUGGCUUAUCUUACAACACUAUUUAGUCUUGAAGCUCAAACGUUUUGCAUUUUAUUUAAUGUAUUAGAAGCAGGAGCACCCAAUAAUAUUAUAAUACCAGUAUCUGAAAGUAUUAUUCAUAUUUCUGUUACAGACCGAUUCAGUAAAGGUUCAUGGAUUGAUAAUGAAAUUCAUCUUUCACUGAAGAUUAUAACAGUCCCCUAGCAGCUUGCAUGGAAUGCUAAGAGGAAAUGCAUAUUUCCAGAAUUUAUGUUCAAUUAUUAUAUAUGUGAGUGCAUUUUCUUCUACUAUUAUUAAAGUACGGUACCCCGAGUUAGAUCAUUAAUAACUGUUUAUAUACACAUUAACAUUAUAACUGUGUAUAUACACAUUAAUAAAUGUGUAUAUCUUGUUCUGCAUUAAUUCUUUAGAAGGCUGUAUUGUGUUGUUAUCUAGAAAUAUAUGUUAUAAGGAUAAGAAAAGCUUCCUAAAAUAUAAUUCAAAUAAGAUUGUGGAAAAUGAUAUUCUGACAUAUACGACAAGGAUGGAAUAACGCUGUACCCUCAAAUUCAAUGUGUCUGCCAAGUUAAUCUGAUAAUCAAUUUUGAAGCUCCCCAGAAGAGGAAUCACUAUGUGAUUUACUCUUUUAAAAUAUAAUGAAAGCUAAUUGGUGCAAGUUGGGAUGCCUCUAAUAGAAUACGGUUAUGAAAUAUGAUCUAGAAUCAAAUAAAAAACUAUGUGUAUAUUGAAGCUAUCUAUACAUUUAAAAAAUGAAUUUAAUAAAUUUAUAUAUUGGAGGGCAAGUAUUGCUUUGGCAUGCGAGAGAUGAAAUUCAAUAGAUCUUACACUUGAAAUUGCUUAUUUGAAAUUAUCUGAGUUCUCGACCGCUUCAAAUUCUCCUUUUUCCUCACGAUCCUUAAAUCCAUUUUGCGGUUCCAUUUGUCUAAUAUUUUCUGCAGCAUACUUCUGCAUUAAAUUAUUCAAUUAAUGCAAUCUUAUCAUAUUGUACUCAGGUAACCCACAGAAGAAACAAUAGAAUGAAUUUGAGUAAACCGAGCAUGUCAUCAUCUUGCGGCAAUUCCACGAAACAAUGAACACUGAAAUGGAAGACAUAAAAGAGCUUCUAACUUUCGUUGAAACUGUACAUCAAAUUUUUGCUGAGAAAAAAUAGAAAAUUUGCCAAGUGGAUUUCAGGAUCGUGAUAGGGAAAUUAAGCACUUGCAGAUGCAAUUAAACGAAGUGAUUGAGAAAACUUAAAAGUUUUAAAAUUAUUAUAACUUUUUUAAAAUUAUUGAUAGUCAGUUUCUUCUUAAUAAUAAAGAUAAACUUGGAUCAAAUGAUGAAAAUAAAUUUCUCAACUUUUUCAAAAAUACGUUUAUUUUUACUAAAUUAAUUAUUAGAUUAGUCAAAAAAAGGAAGUCAUCUGGCUUGUAGUGAAGCAAUUCAUAUUAAAGAAUUUAAUGAAUGAUUGCAAGAAAAAUACGGUAAGUUCAUUAGAACAAGAGAGCUUCUAUCACAAGAAAUACCAUAGAUCUCAUCCAAUAGUAGCCAAAGUGCCGGUUGCACAAAAGCCGGUUAAAUUUUAAUCGUGAUUAAUUCCACGAGAACCAAUCAGAGAAGCCGUCUUAUCAAAAAGGCCUUCUCUGAUUGGUUCUCGUGAAAUUAUUUACGGUUAAAAUUUAACCGGCUUUUGUGCAACCGGGCCUAUGACUUCUUAAAUCCUGAAAACAGAGCAGCUCGUAUAGCCAACAAUCAAUGAAUUUAGGGCAGGAAGUUUACUACCACAAGAAAAAGAACAAUACAUACUUAAUUAAACGUCUAGUUUAGUAUCAUUAAGAAAGCCUGAGAGAACAAGAAUUGACAAAGAGUGGAGAAAUUUUCAAAUUGUUUAUCAUAAUGGAUUGGCAGAAAAACCUUAAUUCGAAAGCAAAAAAGAUAAUGUUUUGUAGAAUUGGAAUAACAUUCCAAUAUUAUAUUAUAAUAUUCCUUAUAUUAUAAGGAGAAAUGAAUAUAAAAUCCGGAAUAAUUUCAAUAUUUUUAACAAUAGAGUUCUCUCCCUAACAAUUGGGUGAAAAUGCAUCCCAAACUAUUUGUUUGAUUACAAUUAAUUAUCAGUACAUUCCAAAUUUUUUGUACUCUCUCAUCAAACCUAGUGCUCUAUAUUAUAAUAUCGUAUUAUGGUUAUUAUACUCUUAUAUCAUUACAGAAGAACAGUAUUGAUUGAAAUAUUUAAUGUCAGAACCAUUAAUUUUUAUUUGUUUUGGGAGAAUUUUUCCAACGUUCCAAAGGGGAUAUCUCAAAUUUAAUACCUUAUCGUAAAUAUAUUCAUCUAUCUAGUACCUACAUUGUUUUUCUCCCGAUUAAACUUGAGUAACUACUCUGAAAUUCAACAUGCUCGAUUUGUUUUCAAACUGAUUUCUCCCAAUUCAAAUCCAGAAUUAUUUUAUUAUUAUUUUCUCUAAUAAUGUAAAUACAAAGCUCAAGAUGAAAAAUUCAAUUAAUCCUUUUUAAAGUUAUUAAAAAUCCUUCAUGUAAUAAAAAUUAUUCUACUAUAUUACAUAUUGUGCUUUUUCCUAUAAUAAUUAUCAUGAUAAUUCAUUAUUCAAUUGUUUCCAAUGUUUUUUGAUAUAAUUGAUUCAGUUUGAACUUAUUGAUUUAAGUUGCUCUAAUUGUUAUUUAAAUAUGGUUGGAAGGGAGUGUCCUAUCCAACCUAUCCAAUAUCAGAAGGUGCGGUUCUAAUGAUGAAUGUUUGUCUGUAUAUUCAUCUAUCGCAUGAAAGAGGCAGACUCAAGUUAUUAUACCAUCAAGCUAGAUUGAGCUGAGAUUUGAAUGCAAAUAUAUUUAAUCUACAGUAGUUAGACCAGUAUAGCUUCUAUGAAAUCCUUGGUUUAGCUUCGAUCCAUUCUUCAUCAGCUUUACUAUGAAAAAGAAUCUCCAUAGUACCGUACAAUCUCCAUGAGCAAAUCUCGAUGAUCAAUUUGCUGUUAUAAUAUUGGUAAAAUGAUUUAUCAAGAGAAGCCUUGUAUCUAUAGAAUGAAUAUAAUUGUAAAGAAUGAAUAAUAAUAUGAUUGAAAGCCAUAAUUAAAUUGUAUUUUAUAGCAAUCAUGCCGUACGAACAAUUCAUAUCUUUAUCAUUUUAUUCUACGAACAAUUCAUUUAUUUUAUCUUAAAAAAUACCUUCAACUUUCCAUUCUGGUGAACAUUUUAAUUCCAUUCAUUUUCCUAGAUCUCGCUAUUACUUUGAGGAAGACUAAAGUUGAAUUUAAAAUUCCAAUCAAAUACCAUAAUAAUACCGUUGCCAAUAAUCCUUGCGGAAACACGAUUAUCGAAUGAUUCAUAACAUGACUCUAAUUAUUAUUAUCUAUGCGAAGAUUCCGGUGCCGAGUGUUCACUCGUCAUUUUAGUUAUGAGAGUCCUAGACGAAUUUAUCAAUAACUAACUAAUAAUCUGUAUUCCCUGUUGAACCGUGAAUAAUUCAGAUAUGAAUUAUUUGAUUUAAGUAAUCAAUUGAUCUAAUUAUUAUAUUACUCAGAUACAGAUACCACAGAAUCAACAUGAGUAAACAAAUUCACUACCGUAACAAACGUUCUCAAACUUCAAACCCCAAGAAAAGCCUUAUAUAGAAAAUUGUGUCAUCUCCUUGCGGCAUUAACUAUUGUUGAUUGUCAUUAAUUAUUAUUGUACUUGCGAAUUGAAUAUUGUAAUUUCUAUUAUCUCUAGUUAGAAUUCACAUAAUAUGAUAUGACCAGUAGAAUUAAUAUACUCAUGUCAAGAUAAAUAAUCAUUUUUAUAGGGAAUUUUAAGGUGAUGUAUUGUAAUUAUGUUUGUAAACCGACGUUUUAGAAGACGUGAUGCUUCAUUAGGUUUUAUACUUCCAAAAAUUUCUCAAACUACCAUAUUUCUAAGAUAUUUACAAUUCAGUUAGCAAGCUAGAACAAAAAUUAAUAUAUAGUUGAAUAUAUGUUGACAAUUUAUUUUAUUGGUCUGAAUGUGGCAGUAGAUUUAAAAUACAAAGAAAGCCUAUCUUUUAUUAUUGUGUUUGUUUCACACUUUGUACAAAUUGUAUAUUAUUAUGUGCCAACCUAGUUAUUCUCUAGUAAAAAUCACAUGAAUAUGUUUGAAAGGUUCCUUAAUUUUAUAAGAAGAUAAUUUUAGCUUUAAAAAGUGCAAUGCUUAAUGUUAUUUCUCUGCUGCAGUGUAUAUGCUACAUUCCGUAUUGGUCAAAAAUUGUAAAUAAAAUUACUCAGUAUUAUUUAAUUUGUUGUAUUUCAAUCUGAAUAGUUGAGAAUUAUCAUAGAAACAUAAAUUGACGUCCAGUUUUUUGAAUAAUAAACAUCGAUAACAGAUUU